ACCCUACAAGUUUGACAGCCACAAUGAAAUAUUUGGUCUGUGCUUUGCUGCUCUGUGUCCUGGUGUCACAGACCAACGCUUAUUGUUUUUUCAAGGCCUCAACAAAUGCACAACAGACACAUUGUCAGGAUGAUGUAGAUAAGACGUGGCAUCCAGCUGGCUCCAGUUGGAGAAACAGUGCGUGUAUGGAUUGCUCCUGUGAUUCAUGUUGUUCUGGGUUUUCUAUCCCAAGAGGCUUCCCUGAUGACUGCGUGUCAGUGUUUGACCCAAAAACUUGUGUGUACAUCGUGCACAAGAAGAACAACCCAUCUGAGCUCUGUCCAAUUUUUGCUGCCGUAGGGAGAUAAUUUCAGUGUUAAAAAUGGUCUGAAAUAGAAUUUGGUGUCAUGUGGUGACAAUCCGUUUAUUUGCAAAAGGCUUGCUCAAAAAAUAAACAUUCUUCCCAACCUUUA